UAUCACUAUUUCUAGUGACGGUUUCUGUACAGUUUUCCGUCAAUUUCUUUCAGAAAAACUGAAUUUCCAUCCAAAUGUCACUUGUCAUGUUUGUGUAAUGUCAAAACAAAUACAAAACAACUGUCAGCUGAAAAAAUGACAAGUUUAUAAGAAUAUUUCGUGUCAAAACAAUUCCGUGAGAUAUUUUAGUAUCGAUUCUAACCUAAAAAACCAAACAGCUGAUUGGUUCCAGACGUCACCUUUCUGUUUACAUUUGUGUUUACUUCGGUCAAAAUUUGAACAAAAUUCAAGUAAAACGCUUUCUAGGUCAAAGUGUUGCGGGGGUGACGUAAUUUUCGUGUAGAUUUUUGAUCAUGGGAAACUUUGGUUACUGUGGUAUCAAGUGAAUUAUGGAAGGAAUUGAAUGUUCAGGAUUCACUUUUUACAAUGAAUUCGAUUCGGCCAAUUUAGCUAAAGUUGUCUACGUUCACCCCAAUGAAUCGGUUAUUCCGGUUCCCAACAGUUCGACCAAGUCAACACCUGAAGUCCCAGAUGCUGAGUUCAAUCUUUGGACGAAGCCCGAUUGUUGUGGGACGGAGUUCGAGAACGGGAACAGGACUUGGUUCUAUUUUGGAGUAAAAGCACAUUCGCCAUGUCUUCUAGUACGCCUCAAUAUAGUCGAUCUCAAUCGACAAGGCAAAAUGUACAGUCAAGGUAUGGCACCCGUAUAUCGUACAGUCCCUGGAAAAAUGCAAUGGGAACGCAUACGUGACAAGCCCAUCUAUAACACCGUUGACGACAUAUUCACUCUCAGUUUUAAAUUCAAAACCCCAGAAAAUGUCCAAAGUAUCACAUAUUUCGCCUUCACUUACCCAUUUUCCUACACCGAUCUUCAAAAACUAUUAACAAACAUUGAUUUAAAAUUCGAAAAUUUCACAGCCAACUAUGAGGACGAUAUUUACUACCAUAAAGAAGUAGUUUGUCGAUCGUUAGGUGGCCGCGACAUUCACCUUUUGACAAUUUCUUCUUACCAUGGAAUAACACCCGAAAUUGAAACCCGCUUGAAAAAUCUUUUUCCCGAUAAAAAUUCCCGUCGACCGUUUAAAUUCGUCGGUAAGAAAGUCGUCUUCGUGUCGGCUCGGGUUCAUCCAGGAGAAACUCCUUCGAGUUUUGUUUUUAACGGUUUUCUGAAUCUACUAUUGACUCGUGACGAUCCGGUUGCGAUAAUGUUGAGAAGAUUGUACGUUUUCAAGAUGAUUCCGUUUUUGAAUCCUGAUGGUGUAGUUCUUGGACAUUAUAGGACGGAUACAAGAGGUGUUAACUUAAAUCGAGUUUAUUUGAAUCCGAUUUUGGCACAACAUCCGGCAGUUUAUGCUGCAAGGGCUUUGAUAAGGUACUAUCACUACGGCUAUGAGAAGGAGGAUGUGGUGGAUAAGUCGCAAGGAGACGCGACGAUUAGUGUUAAAGUGUCGAAUAUGAGUCUUGAGGAGAAGGAGGGAGGAAGCGUUUGGUGUGCAAAAUGUAAAGGUAAGAUGUGUCGAAGAUGUAGAAGUGCCGAAAUUGUAAAAGAUGAAGAUGAAAAUAUCGAAGUUAACGCAAACGAAAGCGGACUAUUUCUGUACAUAGAUUUGCACGGCCAUGCGUCUAAAAAAGGGAUUUUUAUGUACGGAAAUCAUUUUCAAGACUUGGAACGGAACGUCGAAUGUAUGCUUUUACCGAAACUGAUGAGUAUGAAUAAUCAUAAUUUUCACUUCACUGCCUGUAAUUUCACCGAAAGGAAUAUGUAUCUCAGGGACCGUCGAGACGGCAUGAGUCGAGAAGGCUCUGGCCGUGUAGCUGUACUCAAGCUCACCGGUUUAACAAAAAGUUAUACUCUCGAAUGUAACUACAACACAGGUCGAAUCGUAAACGUCCUUCCAGCGACCAUAAAAGAAUCUCACAAUAAAGUCCACACGAUUUUGGUUCCUCCAAAAUACACUCCACAAAUAUUCGAAGAGGUCGGUAGAUCACUAGGUGCUUCAAUUCUAGACCUCACCGGUCAAAAUCCCUGUUCACGUAUUCCCAAUUCCGAAUUUCAUUCCAUUUCCGGUUUGAAAGAUUGGCUAAGGAUCUAUUGUGCCAAUGAGAUGGACGAGACUAGACCUCACAGCAAAAUCAAGCUCAGAAACUUAGCCGGCCUCCAUAAUCAGGGAAAACCCUCUCAUGGUUUAUUACUGAAGACGCGACCCGUUUCGGCGCCGAAACGUCUAGCAAACCGUCCUAGACCUGCCACAGUUCCAAUCGAGCGCAAAGAAAACAUGGCGGUGAGUUCAGCCGCCGCCAUGUUGGCGUCACAACCGAGUUGUUCACAUCAUACCACCACCAAUGAUACUAACACUAAAACUUUCCGUUUGAAUAAAAUCAAAACGAAAACUAAAUUCAAACGGAACGUCAGCGGUGAAAGAAAAAUCGUCCGCAAACAGAUAAAACCAACAAAGAAAACAAUUGCUGAAGAGCGGAAGAAGUUGCGCGAGAUUUGCAUCGAAGCGAAAAGCGAGGAGAAAUUGUGGAAGGACGAGGCAGGGCCGAGUCGUGGAGCCACUUUUAUCGUUCAUAAUUUUGCGAAAAAUUCCACUUUUGUCAAGUGUAAGUUUAAAAAGCACUCGUUGCGGAGGUUGACGAAAAGUUCGCCCGAUGCUGGUAAGGUCGACAAAGUGAAGAAAAGGAAGAAACUCAAGUCGAAAUAGAUUUCUGUUUGUAAAUUGGUGGUUUAUAAAGUGAUAUUUUUGUGA